AUGUGGCCUACUAACCUCCGGAAAGUCGCCGGACUGAUUUUUGGCGCUUGCGCUGUGCGAAAAAAGUCAGGGUGCGAGCAAAGGCCGAAAAAAGCCUAUUGCAUGGUGCAAAAGGUAAGAAAUUGCAAGUGCAAAGUUAACUUUUGUUCUCCAACAGGGCAUGUCACCGAUUUCAGAGCGGCGACUUUCCGGAAACACUAUCACUCUGUCGGGAAAAUAACGGCGGAUCAUCGCAUCAAAACGUCUCGCCUCACCGCUAUCGCGCACCAAAUCUCCAGCUGCAGUCGCUGUCGCUCAUCAUCGCUCUGCGGCUGCAAGCCGCGGCUUGGGAUUUGGUGUGCGAUAGCGGCGAGGCGAGACAUUUUGCUGCGACGACCCGCCGUUAUUUUCCCGACAGACUGACAGUCUCAUAUGUAUUGAACUAA